CAUUCAAUUCAUUAAUAGUUCGUAUUUUCAAUAAAUUCUUUUUUUCCACUCUUGCUCCAAUUCUAAACUUUUAUUAAUAAUUUGCGAGUAAUAAGUAUUUCUUUCUUACAAUAUUUAGAAUUGUACAACAUCAUAAAUUAUAUACCUGACUGAUUAAAAUUCCUAUAAAAGUGUUAUAGGUGUAUAUAAUGUAAUACUAACUUAAAAUUUUGAGUUCGCGAAAAAUAACUUAACUGUGCUUACAUUCCAUUAAUUACUUGAUUAGGGUAUUCUGUGAAAAAAUAUUAAUGAAGACAUUCUAUAAUAAAAACUCUUGGCUUAUUAAAGUUCGCAAAAGUGUAAUUUUAUUGAAUUUCCUACAAGCAAUGUAUUACAAUUAUCUGAGAACUUAGCAGGUGUAUUUCUUUGGUUAAUUAGAUAAUUAACUUACUGGGAGACAAAAUGGAAACAGAUGACGAGGUAUACAAAGACAACAUGGACGAUCUUCACCAUAUGAACUGUGACGCCACCCUCGAUGGCGCCAUUGGAAGUAGCUGCAAUGACAUUGGCGACAUGACUUUCUGUAUGGGAAACUAUAUUUCUGAUUUUAUGAAGAUGCUGUUCACAAUGCGAUCUCACCAAAUGCUCACCGACGUGAUAUUAGAAGUUGGCAAUGAGUUAUUCCACGUUCACAAAGUAGUACUAGCAGCGGGGAGUCCCUACUUCAAGGCAAUGUUUACGAGCGGCUUAAAAGAGAGUGAAAUGUCCAGGGUGCGACUCCAAGGAGUCUGUCCCUCGGCGAUGGCGUGGCUAGUCUAUUUCAUGUACACGGGAAAAGUGCGGAUCACAGAGGUCACAGUCUGUCAGUUGCUGCCAGCCGCCACAAUGUUCCAGAUAUCGAACGUAAUAGAGGCGUGCUGCGCGUUCUUGGAACGCCAACUGGACCCAUCCAAUGCCAUCGGUAUCGCCAACUUUGCGGAACAACACGGCUGCUGCGAGCUCAGACAGAAAGCCAAUACAUUCAUCGAGAGACAUUUUACGCAGGUUUGUCAAGAAGAGGAAUUCUUACAACUGACGGCACCCGAGCUUAUCUCUCUAAUACGCAAGGAUGAACUGAACGUUGGCGAGGAACGGGAAGUUUACAACGCAGUACUAAGUUGGGUAAAAUACGACGAAGAUAGACGGCAUUCACGUAUGGAACACAUCCUGAAAGCGGUCCGAUGUCAGUACCUCACGCCUAAUUUCUUAAAGGAACAAAUGAAUACAUGUAGAGUACUAGAGAAAGUGCCUGCUUGCAGGGAAUAUUUAGCUAAAAUAUUUAAGGAUCUCACAUUACAUAAAAAGCCAGUAGUGAAAGAACGGCGGCCGAACACGCCUCGCAUUAUAUACGUGGCGGGCGGCUACUUCAGACAUUCCAUAGGCAUAUUCGAGGCGUUCAAUUUGGACGACAAUUGUUGGACUACGCUCCCGAAUCUCACCGUGCCGCGGUCCGGGCUCGGUGCUGCGUUUCUUAAGGGCCUAUUCUACGCGGUGGGCGGUCGCAACACGUCGCCGGGCUCUUCGUACGACAGCGACUGGGUCGACGUGUACAACCCCGCUCUGGAACUGUGGCGACCUUGUAGCCCCAUGUCCAAACCCAGGCAUAGGGUUGGAGUAGCUGUAAUGGAUGGAUUGUUGUAUGCAGUUGGCGGUUCAUCUGGCUCGGAAUACCAUAAAACAGUUGAAUGCUACGAUCCAGAGCGGGACGCGUGGACAACGGUAGCGUCGAUGCGGAGUGCGCGGCUGGGCGUGGGCGUGGCCGUGGUGAACCGCCUGCUGUACGCAGUGGGCGGGCUCGACCGCUCGCAUCGCACCGCCACCGUCGAGUGCUACCACCCGGAGAACAACUGCUGGACCGAGGUCGCGCCCAUGCGGGUCGCACGCAGCGGCGCCGGCGUGGCGGCGCUGAACCAGUACAUCUACGUGGUGGGCGGGUACGACGGCGCGGCGCAGCUGGGCUCGGUGGAGCGCUACGACACGGAGCGCGACGUGUGGGAGCCCGCCGCGCCCAUGCGGGUCGCACGCUCCGCGCUCUCGCUCGCCGUGCUCGACAACAAGCUCUACGCGAUCGGCGGUUAUGACGGCACAUCAUUCCUGGACAUAGUGGAAGUAUAUGAUCCGGCGACGAACACGUGGAAGAACGGCACGCCGCUACCGUCGGCGCGGUCGGGCCACGCGUCCGCCGUCUGCUACCAGCACGUGCCGCCGCCGCCGGACGCACAGGCCGACGCUGCGCCCGCCGUCAUAAAGCGCGUCUCCAAGCGCCCCCCAGCCGCCUCCUCGUCCUCCUCGUCCUCCUCCGCCCCGCAGCCACCACGCGCCCCCGCAGCCGCCCCCACCCCCGCGCCCGGGCCCUCCUCCUCCUACCACGACAUCCCAAUGGCAAACAAUAUUAUAGGCACUUUAUCAAAUCACAACACAACUUUAUAGCAUUCGCUCGUGACUGUGUAGAAUAAUACUGCUGAUUGGUAUUGCAACCUGAUUUAAAAAUUACAAAAAUCAUGUUAAUAAAAAGUAAAAGAACUCACGAUUGUCGUCGAUGGAGCGUCCUUCGUUUAACCGGUGACACUUCGUACGCUUAUUUGAAGACGGUUACGACUGAUAGUUUGCUUUGAUUACUACAUUGUCGUCAAAUCACCAAAGAACGUUUUCUCUUAACGAUUAUAUUGACAGAGACAGCCUUUAUUUCCCAAUGUCGACAACACUCACGUCAUUCCUAAUUAAGUGCAUAUCUUAAGUUCAAUAAUAUAAUCCAUAUUACAGGGUUCAACAUGUAACCGACGUGUGACGUCAGUCUAGGAAAAUUAAAUUGUUCUAUUUUUUUUUUAUUUUCUAUUUAAGAGCUACGCUCUUGUCGGUGGCGCUCUCGCUACGCACUACAAUUUUCAGCGAGUCUCUUCACCUCUUGAUACGACACGACACCAACUUUUUCCUUGAUCUGCCUGAUGUAACUAUGCCUUGGUUUCUUUCUUCCUCUUAUUCCUUCUAUCUUUUCUUCUAUUAUAAUGUUCAUAAAUUUGUCGCGUCGUAUCCCAACAUUUUCUCCCUUCUGACCUCAAUAGUUUUUAUAUGUUUUCCCUUUUCCUUAACCCUAAGUAGGGCCUUCUCAUUACUAAUUCGAUCUUUCCAGCUUACUUUCUCCAGCACCACAUUUCAUUCCUUUUUUGGUUGUGUUCACGUCUCACAUCUAUACAAAGCUGUACUCCAGAUAUAGAUCUUCAUAAGUCGCUUUUUAGUAUCUUUUGUUAUCUUAGCAUGUAAAAUGUGCUUUUAUUAUUGAAGACUUUUGGCCUUAACUAUUCUCGCAACACUAUUCGGCCAGUUACUCGUGAUAACUGCCUAAACUAUGUUCUAUAUUUUACACGAAAAAGUAUAAAACAAUUUGGAAUAAAAAAAGGUGUUGAUUUCCAGACGACAUUUCUUUAAACUUAUCUCGACCUAAUAUUUUAAUUCAAUAAUUACACCAAAUUACUAAUUUAUGGAUUAAUAUAAAUUACAUUUAUAUUAAUUUAGACUUAAAUCUAUGAGAAAAUUAAUUCAUAUUAGUCCUUAGAAUAAGUUCCGCGGUGAUAUCAAAUUGCAGUUUUUAUUUAGAAAUAGGUUUAAGUAAAUGACGCUGUAGAAUUGGCCCCAUUAUUAUGCCAUUGCUUUAAUAAUUUUUUUUUUUUUUUUGUAAUUUAAAAAUCUUCUCUAUGUUAUUAACUUCUAUUUUCACGUAUAAUUCAUAUUGUCACGGUAUUCAUCUGCAUGGCACUGGCCAUCUCACGUCGGCACCGAGGUAUGCAGUUAGACCUCAUUAGUAGAAUUAAUAUUGUUCUAUGUUGAAAUAUGUUAAUAUUGUUUAUUACUUAUUAAAUGUUGCUACAAUAACUCGCAGUGUUGUAAACUGUAGGGAGCCAUAAUUAUUGUUCCUGAGUCUUAAUAUUAAUUGUUGUAUAUAAUAUUUUGUUAAGAACUGUUAUAUUCUAUUUUUGUAUAUUUAUUGUCGACCCCAAUGUUACCUGUUAUAAAUGUAUUAUCUGGUAAAUUUUAGCCAAUAUUAAAUAUUUCUGUAAUUAAUAGGCUCUCUAGUGUACUAAAAUGCUUUUCUGAUAAUGUAAAUGAUUCUUAUUAACUUGCAAAGUUAUUUUAGAUACUUUAAAAGCAUUAUCCUAAAUCAAUAAUCGUUUUGUCAUAUAUGUAUUAUUUCGAGGUCGUUUGUUUCAAUGCACUAAAGAGCAUUUAAAAACAAUGAUCUCCGUAAUAUGUAUUGCCUUUUUUUAUGAAAAUAGCAACUUAUUAUAAUUUGGCCAAUAUCUAAAAAAUGGAUAAUUCCACUUAUCCAUACCACCAUUUUCCCAUUGGGGGUAAGGUGCUGGGAAAUGGCACAUAAAAUUUCAAACGUUAAAUAAGCGGUUUCUUUAAAAUUUUACAGAUAAUACAGAUGUUAGCUUGGCUUAAACUAGCAGAACACUUAGCGUUUAGUCAAUUUCGUUCCAGUUUUGCAUUUUGUGACUAUCAUCCUUUUAUCCACUAUUUUUCUCGCAAGCCUGAACCAAUGUAUUUAUUUCUAUUAUUGAUUGUAAACAAACACUUUUGAUAUCUUUUUUAUAUAUAUAUGUAAAUAAAAACAAAUGUUUAAAUUCUGUGUUCCCCACAAACAUGUAAUGUGAUCAAAAAAUGUGACAUUUGUCUGUUUUUAUCUUCAGGUCAAGUCCCUUACGAGGUAAGUAGUUAUGUAAGUGAUGGCUUGCCAAUGUGCAAUGUUUUAUAUUGAAUAUUUUUGUAUAAACAAGGGCCAAUUAUAAGUGAUAAUAAUGUAUAAAAAUGUAUAUAUAUAAGUGAAGAUUAUUUAUCGCCAUUCACAUUGAUAUCACGUAUUUUGUUAAAAUUCUAGUAGGAUUUUAUAGGAUUUAACCUAUUAUUAUUUUUACCUAUUGUAAUUAUGAUGAAAUUGAGUUUGCUUCAACUGUGGCGAUGACAAUAAAACUAUAUUAAGUUAUUCAACAUAAUAUUUAUUAUCUAUUAUAGUUUGACUUAAUUAAAAGGCAAGUACAAUGCAAUUGUAUUUUUGUUCGAGUCUAGUGCCUGAGUUAAGUAAAAAACUGUGUUACAGUAAUGUAAAUGUAAUGUUUAAUUAUAAUGUAAGAAAAAUAAAGACUGUUAUGGGAAUAUAAA